AUGGCAGAGGAUGCUGCGGGAUGGAGCACCAUAGAGUCAGACGAGAUCUUGCCGCAAAGCGGGAAAUACAUGGCCGUCGAUAUUAACAACCACCAGGGUGUGUUCACGGCUCUGAUUGAGCAACUUGGCGUCCAGGACGUACAAUUUGAGGAAAUAAUUUCUCUUGACGCUGAAUCCAUACGGGCAUUGAGUCCAGUAUACGGAGUCAUCUUCCUGUUCAAAUAUCUCUCGCCCACGUCGACCGAUAGAUCAAAGCCACAAGAUGGAACAUACGAUACACAAACAGUCGAAGAUGAUGGCUUGUUUUUCGCAGCACAGACUAUACAAAACGCAUGUGGUACACAAGCAAUACUGUCAGUAAUACUGAAUAACGACACAACAUCGAAUCCAAGCAGCUCUGGAGGCGACGGCAGUCACGAUCGGAUCAAGAUAGGUCCUAGCCUGAGCGAGUUCAAAGAGUUCACAACUGGCUUCCCAUCAGAUCUGCGAGGCGAAGCACUAUCUAAUUCGCAAAUGAUUCGUGAGACACACAACUCCUUUGCAAGAUCAAGUCCUUUCGCAGACGAGACACAAAAAGACCCGACACAGCUUUCCGACGAGGUUUACCAUUUCAUAGGCUACACUACACAUCAUGGCAAGCUCUUUGAAUUAGACGGUUUACAACCAUACCCAAUCAGUCAUGGUUACUGUACACCUGAGUCAUUCCCGGAAAAAAUUAUCCCAGUUUUGCAAAGACGAAUCGAGCGAUAUCCUGCCGAUGAGGUACGGUUUAAUUUGAUGGCAGUUUGUGGUGAUUUGAGGAAAAAGGCCGAACUUUUUGGCGACGACAGCAUGCUUGAGCGUGAGAAGCGGAAGCGAAAGGCUUGGGAGUGGGAGAACUCAUUGCGUCGGCAUAAUUUCGUCGGCUUUACAGGCGAGGUUCUGAAGGGAGUCGUAGCAGAAAUGAUCAAAAAGGGCAAGUACGAGGGAUGGGUGAAGGAAGCGGAGGAUUCAACCAGGAAGAAGCUUGAGCAGCGACGAAGCAGAGGCUUAGCAGAGGAGCAGCUACAAGAGUAG